GAGCGCACCAAACUCCACCAUCAUGGUUGUCCUAAGUUGGAGCAUGUCAUCAAGCUCAACAAUCUGCUCUUGAUCUCAGUUCUGCCCGUCCUGGUCCUAAGAAAAUGUCCCCGGUGUAGCAGACUUGAGCGUGGAUAUCAUACGACAUGCUGGGAGUCAUCAUCCAACAUCCGACACCAGGCCCACCACAGCCAACAUCCGCCCCUAAAGAUGAGCGCAAACUGCAACACAACAACUCCAAUAUCAAGCAAGCUAUCCCUGACAACAAGAACACAUCGCCGCCAUUUAAUAGCGCAAAGUUCUACCGGAAAUCAUCUCACAUAGGCAGGUCAAGGUCAGUCUCUGUUUCCGGCCAAGCACGUGCGGGUGAUGUGGUGUACCUCCCACGUGUCAAGAAAAAGCAGCCGGCCGACAAAACGCCCGAGGAGGCGGGGGUAAGAGCCGCGCCAGAAGAAUAUAAGGCUGGGAUCUUGAACCUGAUCUGGAGGAAGAUGACCUGGCUCUUUGUUGCCGAGCCAGUGGUCAGCAGCCCAUGUGACAGCCAGCGGACGAAGGCGCGUACAGAUGCCGGUGUGAGGUCCACAUCGGCGGCCACUAGAGGCCGCCACAAGUCUCCGGCCCACAGCCCCGGCAAACAGAGACCAAAGCCGCCCGCCAAGAGAAGCUUCUUGCUGGCGCCUAUAGGGAAUCAAAGAUUGUCUCCAGUCAGGGGGGCGGGCAACCAGCCAGCCGGCAAGUUGGGCAGCCCAAGGUCAGGCCGACCCGGCAAGUUGGGCAGUCCAAGGUCAGGCCGACCCGGCAAGAUCGGGAGCCCAAGGUCAGGCAAGAAGCCAGACCAGCGACUCGAGCGCUCCAGAAAAUACGAGUGGACUUUGUCCGAGGUGAAAGGUCAGGGGAAAGAGACGAGCAGAUCUUCCAAAUCUCCGCUGAGACCACCGCGUGCUGCAGACGCCAGGAGAGCGGUCUCUCUCCCGUCCGUCCGGUCAUGGCAGGAAGACGAGCAGGCGCAGGCUCGGCUGGCGCCAAUGCGCGUUAGGUCAGAGUUCAAAAAGAAAACUCGAGAAAGGGGCGAUGACCCAGCCACCAGACCCAGGCAGCUCGCUCGCAAGCCGCUCAACCGCGGCGGGAAAAAACGGAAGAUCUCUGAGGUCAAUUUCAGUAGCUACAAAGUCAGCAUCUUGCAAAGUCGCCGCGCCAACUCUCAGCUGGGAGAGCCGCAAAAGAAGCCGGCAGUGUCGGGUUGCCGGGUUCCGUCAAAAAGAACCCAAAGUUGAUGGCUCAAGAUUCUACCGACCGGCGCUUGGCAGAAGGCAAGCUGGUAGCCGGUUGCUGGUAGCCGGUUAUGGCAGCCGGUUAUGGCAGCCGGUUAUGGCAGCCGGUUAAGGUAGCCAGUUAUGGUAGCAGAAGACAAUUCAUUGGUUGUUUGAUUGGUCAGCUCAGCCUACCCUCCCCACUUUUUUAACGGAGGGUCGCUGGGAUGUGUGCAAGAUGCUGUCUGUAGGCGUAAAAGAUUUCAGAUAUCAAAGGUAGCUACCAUCUUGCAACAACACGGAGAACAAUGUUUAUUUCAAACCAGUUGUACCAUCUUGUCAAUUGAUGAUAAAAACAACUCUUUUCAUAAAAUAUCAU